AUGUCGUCGGAGGCAGCCUAUCGGCUGGCAGACACAAUUUCGGGGACCCGGUUGGUGCCGGAGUCUGAGGUUCCGAUGGUGACAAGACAUUCGGCGGGAGAUGUGAAGAAGGCGCUGGAGAACGUUCAUGUUGCGUGGCUGAGACGCGUCGGCAUCAUCAGCCCGAGUGUCGAGGAGGGGGUAGACUUCAACCGGGAGUGGUUCGACUGUACCUUCAUCUAUAUGUGCCCCUUCAGUACGACUCCACGCGGCCUUGAUCAGAUGAAGGGCCACGUCCGAUACGUGCGAGAGCCGACUGUUUUGUGCUUCGUGCACUCGCGGAUGGUUCUAUCGACCGUUUCGACCGGAUGCUUUUCUGACGUGGACGAAGCAUCCGAUGUCGAAGAGGAGCUGUACUCUACGGGAAUGGCACCCAAGCGGGCUGCCUUCAGCUGGCUGGGGGUCGAAGAGACCUACCAAUUCUUCCGCCGGGUGGAUGGCAAGCUGGACAAUAUUGUGGCAGGAAAGACUCGUCACAGAGGGGAUGCAGGGGAGCCGGAAUACAUCCCUGUCGAGUUCGCGGCGGGGCGGAUCCGCCAGAGAGAGGAAGGAGGGGUGUCAGAAGUCGUCCCUGCCGAGGACGCGGUGAUCAGGAUGUUCGCUCACAAUGAGGCCGAGCAAGGCAGAUAUUUUGCUCUUGGCACAUAA